GAUAGUUUCUGCAAAUCAUUCCUGAAACUCAUUACUUUUGAUUUGCUUUGACAUUUUGAUGUGAACGUAUGACAUAUUUUUGUUAAUUUGUAAUGGGAAUAGCUAUAGUAGCCGUAAAUUGAUGUUUACGUAAGACACUUUCAUCGGUCAAAUGGGUGGUGGAGGUGCGUUAGUUUAAUGAAGAUUGUUUUUGCUGAAGUGUGCAUUAUUAAUGCGCGUACGCAGAGGGCGCCGUGUCGCUCCAUUAUUCUGAUUCUACAUUUACUUGAUUGAGCUUUUAAUGCGAUUCGCUGUCAACACAAGCGAAUGGAUUAAUCAGGGCGAGCGGUGUCGACAAAUAGAUGGCCGGCGUAAUGACGCCGGUCACGUGAAAAGUACGAUGAUAUCGCCACUUUAGAAUCGUUCACUAAUGCCUGUGAAAUCUUGAUAAAUGUGUUUUGCUGCUAUGCACGUUAUGCUGUCAACGAAAGAGAAUACACCAAUUAAAUAUGUUCAUCAAUCUAAGGAUAUCUUUUAAUUUUUAUUUUAUUACUUAAUUAGGGAUAAAAAUGUUUAGUACGGAUUGAUUCCAAUAGGUACCUAUAUGGUACAUGGAGGCUAUUUUUAACUUAUUCGCCAUGCAUAGUAGUGAUAAUAAUUGACCCAUAAAAUUACUUAAGAAUUAUUUGCGGUACACAGUUUGAUGGACUUCUGGUUAUUUUGUUUCAGGAUGUCCAGGCACGUUCUUCUUUCCCGGCUGGCGGAGCAGUUCCAGCUGUCGUCGCCGCCGCCCGCGCACCGCUUCCCCUCCCCUGAGCGAAGUGUGUCUCCGCAGUCACCCUCCUCCCCGCAGUCACCGCCGCAGUCGCCGCUACCCCAUCACCUGCUGCAGCUUGGAGACAUUGAGAUAGCAGGCAGAGCUUUGAAGCAGUAUGCUAGAGCCACGGAACUAGGAGCAUUGAUGUACUGCAGUGGCCUCGGAGCCCUGUACGGCGCAGGUGGAGGUGUCUGGCCACUGCUGCUGCCUCGUCACUCUCCGCAGUACACCCGAACUCCUAUCGAACUUGCAAGACACACGCCACCUAGAGACGACGACGAAGAGCUACCACUGAACCUGUCCACGAAGAACCGUCAGAUCUGGUCGCCGGGCAGCGCGUGCGAGCGCGAGCGCGAACCUGAGUCCCCGCGCUGGGAGUCGCGCGACGACGCGCCGCUUGAGCUGGUGAAGCGCGGCCGCACCAGCCCCGACGCCGACCGUCCAUCCACACCCGACCCCUGCCGGUGUCCCUCCACCCCGCAACACCAACCUUACGCUGCCCUUCAAACGCCCGCAGCUGAUCUCAAUUUCUCACUCAUCAAGAGCGAAAACAGAAGUGAAAAGUCAUUUCAAUGCAAGCAGUGCGGAAAAUGCUUCAAGCGGUCGAGUACGCUGUCGACGCACCUCCUCAUCCACUCGGACACACGGCCCUAUCCCUGCCAGUACUGCGGGAAACGCUUCCACCAGAAGUCCGACAUGAAGAAACACACAUACAUACAUACAGGCGAGAAACCCCACAAGUGCGUGGUGUGCUCGAAGGCGUUCAGCCAGAGCUCUAAUUUGAUCACGCACAUGCGCAAGCACACCGGCUACAAGCCCUUCUCGUGCGGAUUAUGCGAUAAAGCGUUCCAGCGCAAGGUGGACCUGCGCCGGCACCGCGACUCGCAGCACGCCGACGCCGACGCGCCGCCUGCGCCGCUUCGCUACCGCUACUACGGCGACGAAUCACCCACACCACUCGCACCUAUUGUCACCAACUAAAUUUUAAACAUUUUUAUUGUGUUAUCGCAAUUUUCUACUAUUUCUAAGUCAAUCGCACUUAUGUCCGGAUGGGGACGAGAAAGCGACUAGCGAUCGACUACUUUAUCGUGCAAAAACGCAUAGAAAAGAAUUGCAAAUAAUAAUCGUUGAUCACGGUCGUGCACUCUGCCGGCGGCUAGUUACAUUUUCCUAAAAGAAAGCCCAGUGAAGAUAGGCACAAUUCAUCACCGCUACUCGUUUCUCACCAAUAGUCGUCGGCAGUGGGCAGAUGCUUUAUAUUGUUACCACAACUACGACGAGUCGGUUGAAUAUUUCAUUGUCAACUAGGUACCUAUUUCCUUUGUUUAUUUAGUGACCAAAGAUGAAGACGGCAUUGAACUUCUUAAUCAAAUUUAUGAUUUGAAUCUUUAAGUCAUUGAAUACCUAAUGCAAAUGAUAUGUAAUUCAUGCACUGACACAGUACAAAUUUGUACCUAACGAUCGUUGUUUAACUUUGUGUCCCUAGUUAAAAGAUAUGUGAUUCUGUGAAUCCGAGGCUGGUAAUAUAUAUCAAUUGUUGUUACCCUAGGUAUAUAGCGCCUAAAUAUUUAUUGCUGAUAAUAACUGGCGUGUUUAUUGCACGUCAAAUCAUGGAAUACAUUAAUAAACAAAAGCAUUUAUUAAACAACUGUACUUAAACUAUGGUAUUUUGUGACAAAUAAGCAUAAUCAUUGUAGUAAUAGAGGCUGCCCAAACAAAUUGUCCGAAAUCAAUUAAUCCGUCCUUUGUCAACGUGAUAAAAGUUGUACAUACAAGUUAAUUAAUGUUAAGUGUGCAUACCAGAAACCUGUCACAGACAUGCAGGCAGACCAUUAAUAUAAGAAUAGUCUAUUGAAAACCAAAGUAAAGUGUCUUAGGUUUAGGUCAGUGUGAAACGCUUUAUUUAUUUAGAAUAAGAUGUCAGUAAGUAUUGUAUCUAUGCCUUAUUACUUUACACUUGUGCUAAUAAUAGUUAUUGUAAUGUUUGACAUACAUUUAAGAAUUUAAGUACGUAAGGAUUACCAUUAUCAGUCGGUAGUCAAAGUCAAUCAUGAUUUAUGCAUUUAAAUAUGUAGUAGAUAUAACUAACAGUCAAAAUUACGAUACGUUUUCUACAUCAAGUAUUUUAUCUAAGGUAGGGUACACCACGUGUACCUAAUUCAUGUGAUUUUGUGAAUUAACAUUGUUAUGAUAUGUCGAACGGAUUAUUUUAUGCCUUUAUUAUUAAGUACUAACUUACCUAAAUUAUACCAAGUGUCUUAUUAAGUAAAUAACCAGUUCAAAGUUCAAUACUACAGUGGGCCUACCGCGAACCACGUUCGACGUGUUACCUCUCUGUCGCAAUUGUAAAUGAGUACGUAAGUGUGACAGGGAGGCAACACGCCGAACGUGGUUCGCGGUAGACCCUCAGAAUAUCCUGCCGUUAAUUUGCCUGUGGCAACUGGCAACUAAACGUAUAUCACCACCACCUACCACUAUCAGUAAAAUAUGAUUUUUUUUAUGAUAAAGGAGGUCAGGAGGCAAACGAACAGACGAUCAUUCAGGAAUGUUGUGUAUUGUUACCGUUUUUAUUUUUCUUCGUUACCAAUAAGACUUCGUAAAAAAGCAUAUUUAGCACCUGCACUACCUGACGAGCAAGUACAUUUGGAACAAAAACUUUAAAAAACCCAAACCAUGCCGCAUUUAUUUAACCUUAAAACAAGUUAAUCAUAUCAUACCAUAAGUAGGUCGGUAACUAAGCAUAGUGAUAAUUUAUCUACCAGUACAAUUUUCGUACAUUCACCAAUUUAAUUUUCUGUAAAGUUAGUUACAAAAACCCGGUACAUCACAUUGUAAGUAGGUAGCUAUUAGGUGAUUAAAAUUUAAAUAUAUAAGACUGCUGUACCGUACGAAUGUGCAUAACCGGGUACGUAUUGUAAAGUGGUCGUUUGCACAGGCAGGCACGAUUUAUCUUUAGUCACUGGCCACUGAUUUAUUGAUACGACCCUACAAAAGAAAUGAAAACGGCAGAGCAGUUGUUAAUAGUAUAUAGGUAUAACUAUCGUCUGUAAUAUUUUACAUUAUUUUAGAGCCCGUGCCUAUAUAUUAUAUUAAACAAUAGUGCAAAUUAUAUUGGUAUAAUUCAAAAAGUGAUGAUAAAUAUUUUAUAUCAUAAAUUAUAAUAUACGUUAUGCUAGCAAUAACGAGCACCUGAUGCAAUGGUUUAAAUAUACGCUUCUUUGUUAAAGUUAAUUAAAGCUUAAGUUAAUUUAACUAGUAAGUAUAAUUUUAUCCUUAAUGAGUGUUCUCAUUGCAAGUGUGGCGUCACGUUGAAUCUGCACAUUGGUGAAGAUAACGGCUAGAACACCAAAGAGUAACCGCUACGAAAGCUCGUAUAUACCAGUGUCAAGAUUUAUUGGUACAUUUGUGUAGGUACAUUGCAAUUAAUUACAUUCAAAUUAAAACACUCUCACCUGAAAUGUAACUUCUGAUUUGUAAAAAUAUUUUUGUAUUCUAGAAAUUCAGUAAGAAUACACGUACACAAUAUUAUGUUCCUUGUAUUUUUAAAUAGUGCGAUGACCAUUUACUUCAAUUUUGUUAUUACUACACUUUCUUGGCAUUGCGCAAGGAUUCAACGCAAACAAUUCAUUGGCCAAUCAAUCAAUCGUAUACCUACCUAUACAUGUACUGAAUAUUGCGUUGAGUUCUUGAGGCGAUCCUUACUGUUGAUGUUACGAAUAGGUACCUACUUACUUGCUACUUACACGCAAUUUGGUUUUUUGUGUAUUUUUUUCAAAGAACUUGUAAUUUGUUUAGGCCAGUUUAAUAUAUGAAUAUUUACCAGCAA